GGGGUGGGGAUUAUGUCUGAGCAUCAGAUAAUCAGAUUAUUCCAGAAACAGAUCUCGCUUUUUUAACUCAUUCACCGUAAUCUGUCACACAAUGUCAUGCCUCUACACCACGACUGCACCUUAGUAGUCUUAGUAUUGUUUAUCAGUACCUGCUUUCUCUUGCGUUCUGCUUUUUAUGUUUACAGUUUUGUCUUCUGUCAGACACCGAAAAUUGAUUUUCAUUUCCAGUUUCCAUUCGCAUUUUUAGGUCUCAGUGCUUGGCACCAAGGUCAGGGACCAUAAUGGCAUUUCCUGCUUUUGACGGAUACAGCCACGACAAAGGACUUAGCACCUGAAGUAUUGUGCUCUCUUAAUACAGCAUGGGGUUAGAUGUAAGACUUGAAGUCAGCAUGUCUUUGAAAUGUGGGCAUUUCUUCACACUCCUCUUCUUCAUUGUGUCCGUCACAGGAACUCAAGACCAAAGCAGACUAAAUCCAUCAGAGAACCUACACAAUAUCAGCUUAACAAACCUACAAAAGCCACCAAAGCAGAAUUCAGGGAUCAGGACUAUAUUUGAAAUGGAAAAGCAUCGCAUCAAGAGGUCAGACUUCUUCCACUCAGAGAUGAAAGUAUGUCCACAGGAGACAAUGAGGGAAGUCAUAGCAAGUCACCAAGCAUACUACACACUGAGAGUUUGCCAGGAGGCUGUAUGGGAGGCUUUCAGGAUCUUUCUGGACAGAAUUCCCAGCAGCUCAGAGUACCAGAAAUGGGUCCAUAAAUGCCAGCAUGACUCUAUGUGCAUCUCAGAUCUCGCCAUGACUUUCAGCAAUUCAAAGGAACACAUAGACAUGGUCUACAGGAGCGUGAAUAUGAAUAGUGAUAAAUUAGAACGAAAUUUGACUGAAGAGCCAACAACUGAUGGAGCACCGAGAACGGAAGAGGAAGUCCUGACUGAAGCAACAGAAGAAUUUGUUCCCCCAGAUCUAUCUAGUACAGUCAGCACUACAACAGACGCCUCUACUGCCUCACAGGAGUUGGAUCUUCAUAAUGUAGUUCCCGAGCAGCCAGUACAUCAGGUCAUAAAGUUCAGUGUUAAACUGAUGGACUAUGGGUACCAGGAGAUACUGAGAGACACUGAUUCACCUCAGUACCAUGACCUGUCAAGGCAUCUUCAGGAUCAGAUGCAACAUGAUCUUAAUGACCUACCUGGAUUUAUGGAUGUCCAAGUGUUAAGUAUUAGUGAGGCAGAAGCACCUAAUGGAGCUGGAGGAGUAUCUGCAGUUUACUCAGCAGUGUUUGAGACUACAAUACCUUCCGUUCCUGAUGGAAUUCUGGACAUUGGCACAGUUGUUUCAUCUACAGGACCAAGUCUGAAGGAUAUGAUAGUUAAAGCACUAAGCAAAAAGACAUCUCUUCUUGAUCUUAAUUCACUAAUCUUUGAGACAGACAAAGACCAGUCUUCAACGAGUAUGCCUGUGACUGAGGCUUCUAAAGACAUUAUAACUGAGUCCUUCGAUCAAGUGUCACAUGGGGAUCUCAGUUUUCCAACAAAAGGAACAAAAAUUGAGGUUCAUAUUUCAUCAGAUAAUGAUGAGACCAUUGUAGACCCAACUUUGGACACAGACAGCACCACAACAACUAAAUCAGAAUCAGAAACGGUUGAGUCUGAGAGUGAUGCAGUCAUUGUACACCAGCUUAAAACUAUUCAAGGGGAAACUGGUGAACUCAAAACAGAGAUUUUUCAAGUUCCACCAGUAGAGGAAGCUCCUAGUGAGGAUGAAAGUAAACCAGUUGUUAUUGCUGUAAAAGAGAACAAUUUGGCUCCAACAUCUUCAGCUGCUGUCUCAGCUUUACCCCCGAGUGAAGAACAGCCAAGGACUACAGAGAAACCUACAUCAGAUAGUGACUUUAGUCUUAACACGAUACCAGAAGAUGAUAUCAUAUUUCACCAGGUAACCACCGCCCACAUGUUGUUCACCACUGCAACAACCAUUAGUCCUAGGUCUGAACAACCAAAGUUGGCUGUCACGACUGACUUUAGCAUCACCCUGCAACCUUCAACUGAACCAAUUGAUCCAAUAACUGAAGUGACAGAUUCUAAUGAAAUUCCAGAGCAAGAAGAGACCAAAGUGGUGAUGCCUGUACUACAUGUAGAGAACAAGUCUGAGGUUGAUUCACCCAAGGUAAAUGUUGUGACAACAGAAACUAUAGAAGUAUCAGGACCUGAGAAAGAUACCAAUGUAACUCGAGAUGCUGUCAUUUUAGAAGAUCAGCUAAUAAAACCUGAAGAAGUAACUGUAGUAACAGAAAUGUAUGCUGAGUAUGGCACAUUAGAGCCUGUGGGAACAGCUGUGCUCCUACCUGAACCAGAGGAUGAGAUUGAAAAAUCAACUAACCAGGAUGAAGUAGCAGAACCCAAGGAAAAAGUUUUAGAUCUGCAUCCAGAGGUAAUAAUAGAAUCAAAAGAAGAUGUUGAAGAGCAUAAAAAUGAUGAGAUUAAAGUGAAACAAGUGGAUGAUGUUCAGGUAAUCAGGAGGCCAGAAACCGAGACAGGGAAACCUAAGGAGGAAAUUCAUUUAACAGAAAAGGGUGAGGUGGUUAAACCUGAAAGAGAAGCUGAUGAAUCAGAAGCUGCUGAAGUUGUAGAAUAUGAAGGCAGCAUCAAAACUGAACAGCCUGCUGUGGUGGUCACAAGAGUGGUCCCCAAAACCACUGAAGGUACAGUUGUUAGUCCUAGGUCUGAACAACCAAAGUUGGCUGUCACGACUGACUUUAGCAUCACCCUGCAACCUUCAACUGAAUCAACUGAUCCAAUAACUGAAGUGACAGAUUCUAAUGAAAUUCCAGAGGUGCCUCAACCAGUGGACACUGGAACAGUAGUAAAGGAAGAGGAGACCAAAGUGGUGAUGCCUGAACCAGAUGUAGAGACCAAGGCUGAAGUUGAUUUACCCAAGGAAAGGGUUGUGUCAACAGAAACUGUAGACGUUUCUGGACACGAGAAAGAUACCAAUGUAACUGUGGAUACUGUCAUUUUAGAAGAUCAGGUAUUACAACCUGAAGAAGUGACUGUAGUAACAGAAAUGUAUGCUGAGUAUGGCACAUUAGAGCCUGUGAGAACAGCUGUGCUACCAAAACCAGAGGAUGAGGUUGGAAAAUCAACUAGCCAGGAUGAAGUAGCAGAACCUGAGGAAAAAGUUUUAGAGCCAGAUCCAGUGGUCGUUAUAGAAUCAAAAGAAGAUGUUGAGGAGAUAAAAGUUAAACAAGUGGAUGAUGUUCAGGCAACCAGGAGGCCAGAAACUGAGACAGGACAAGCUAAGAAGGAACUUUAUUUAACAGAAAAGGGUGAGGUAGUGAAAAUUGAAAGAACAGAUGAUGAAUUAGAACCUGCCGAAGUCAUAGAAUAUGAAGUUAGAAUCAAAACUGAACAGCCUGCUGUGGAGAUCACGAGUGAGGUCCCCAAAACCACUGAAGGUUCAGUCGUUAGUCCUAGGUCUGAAAAACCAACGUUGGCUGUCAAAACUGACUUUAGCAUCACCCUGCAACCUUCAACUGAACCAAUUGAUCCAAUAACUGAAGUGACAGAUUCUAAUGAAAUUCCAGAGGUGCCUCAACCAGUGGACACUGGAACAGUAGUAAAGGAAGAGGAUACCAAAGUGGUGAUGCCUGAACCAGAUGUAGAGACCAAGGCUGAAGUUGAUUUACCCAAGGAAAAGUUUGUGACAACAGAAACUGUAGACGUUUCUGGACCUGAGAAAGAUACCAAUGUAACUGUGGAUGCUGUCAUUUUAGAAGAUCAGGUAUUACAACCUGAAGAAGUAACUGUAGUAACAGAAAUGUAUGCUGAGUAUGGCACAUUAGAGCCUGUGAGAACAGCUGUGCUGCUACCUGAACCAGAGCAUGAGAUUGGAAAAUCAAUUAACCAGGAUGAAGUAGCAGAACCAGAGGAAAAAGUUUUAGAGCCAGAUCCAGAGGUCAUUAUAGAAGCAAAAGAAGAUGUUGAGGAACAUAAAACUGAUAAGGAGAUUAAAUUGAAACAAGUGGAUGAUGUUCAUGCAACUGGGAAGCCAGAAACCGAGACAGGGCAACCUAAGGAGGAAAUUAAUUUAACAGAAAAGGGUGAGGUUGUGAAACCUGAAAGAGAAGCUGAUGAAUUAAAACCUUCUGAAGUUGUAGAAUAUGAAGUUAGCAUUAAAACUGAACAGCCUGCUGUGGAGAUCACGAGUGAGGUCCCCAAAACCACUGAUGGUUCAGUCGUUAGUCCUAGGUCUGAACAACCAAAGUUGGCUGUCACAACUAACUUUAGAAUCACCCUGCAACCUUCAACUGAACCAAUUGAUCCAAUAACUAAAGUGACAGAUUCUAAUGGAAUUCUAGAGGUGCCUCAACCAAUAGACACUAGAACGGUAGUAAAGCAAGUAGAGACAAAAAUCGUGAUACAUGAAGCAGAUGUAGAGACCAAGUCUGAGGUUGAUUUCCCCAAGGUGAAAGUUGUGACAAAAGAACUUGCAGAAGUAUCUAGACCUGAGAAAGAUACCAAUGUAACUGGAGAUGCUGUCAUUUUAGAAGAUUGGGUAUUACAACCUGAAGAAGUAACUGUAGUAACAGAAAUGUAUGCUGAGUAUGGCACAUUAGAGCCUGUGGGAACAGCUGUGCUACCAAAACCAGAGGAUGAGAUUGGAAAAUCAGUUAACCAGGAUGAAGUAGCAGAACCCGAGGAAAAAGUUUUGGAGCCAGAUCCAGUGGUCAUUAUAGAAUCAAAUGAAUAUGUUGAGGAGAUUAAAGUGAAACAAGUGGAUGACAUUCAGGCAACCAGGAGGCCAGAAACCGAGACAGGACAACCUAAGGAGGAAAUUCAUUUAACAGAAAAGGGUGAGGUAGUGGAACCUGAAAGAGAAGCUGAUGAAUCAGAACCUGCUGAAGUUGUACAAUAUGAUGUUAGCAUUAUAACUGAACAAACAGCUGUGGAGAUUGCGAGGGAGUUCCCAAAAACUACUGACGGUUCAACCAAACCUCCUGCAGAGAUGAUUAAGAUUAAACCACCUGUGAUUUCUGUCACAGAAAUUUACCUUGUUGAGAGUAUUGACUAUUACCAACCCAAAGAAAGUGCCAAUUUGCCUUUUGUGCCAGUUGACAGUGUUCAAAGAGGCACAGGCAUUGGUAAACAUGUGGAAGACUUUGGGGUGGAGGAUCAACUCUCCAGACCUAAGGUUAUUGAGGGAGUUCUUGAGAUACCAGAUCUGGUUAUAGAGAAAAACACCCUACGACCAGAAGAGUCCGAUGUUCUCACUACUGAAUCAAGUGCCGCACAAUCUCCACCUGAAACGAUCACAGAAUCAGUUUCGGAGAAAGACAAGGACUUACCAUAUGUUGUUGGGGAUACUAAGGAGCCACAGCUUGAAGAUAUGGAGGAAAAGACUGCAUCACAACCCACAGAGACACUCACAACUGAUAUACCUUUGACAACUUCACCUGCAGACCUUGAACGUUUUGAAGUAGUGCUAACAGAUUUAUCGGUCGUAACACCAACCCAUUUGGAAAAGGAUUAUGAUUCACCAACUGAAAAAGAACAAUCGACUUUUGCCCAGGAGUUAACAUCUCUUGUUGGAGAUACUGAGGAGCCAAAGUUCACAGAAAUGGAGGAAGACACUCUGACAGAAGAUCUCCUUGAAGAACAAGAAAAAGAGACUGCAUCACAACACAUGGAGACACUCACAACUGAUCUACCUUUGGCAAAUUCACCUGCAGACCUUGAACUUUUGGAAGUAGUGCUAACAGAUGUAUCGAUCACUACGCCAACACCUUUAGAAAAGGAUUAUGAUUUACCAACUGAAAAAAUACAACAACGAUCAACUGUUGCCCAGGAUGUUGCUUUUACGCAGACCGAAAAUGACAAAGAGCUGAAUGUAGAAACUCAGGUAGUUGUUCUAACAAAUGUAUCAGUCGUUACUCCAAUAUUUCUGGAAAAGGAUUAUAAUUCACAGACUGAAAAAGUACAACCAACUGUUGCCCUGGAUGUUAUAUUUGAGUCAGAAAAUGACCAAGUGCUGGAUGUGGAAACUGAAGACCCAUUUAUUCAUUUAAAAGAAUUAGACCAAAUAGAUAUAGUAAGUACUGAGACCAUUGAUCUCUUGAGUUAUGACAAUGGAUAUUCUUUCCCAAAUGAAGGAUAUCCCUUGGAGACAACAAGAGCGCCAUCACUAAAGUAUUUCACAACUCCUUCAAUGACCACAGCUAACAAAGGCAAAGAACUAGUUGUGUUUUUCAGUUUGCGUGUCACAAACAUGCUGUUCUCUGAAGAUCUUUUCAAUAAGAGCUCUGCAGAAUACCAAGUGUUGGAAAACAAAUUUGUUGAACUGCUUCUCCCAUAUCUACAGUCCAACCUAACAGGCUUUAAGAAGUUAGAAAUCCUAAACUUCAGAAACGGAAGUGUGGUUGUCAAUAGCAAGGCAAAAUUUGCCAAGUCUGUGCCAUACAACAUUACUCAGGCUGUCCAGCACGUCUUGGAGGAGUUUUGUAAUGCUGCAGCCCAGCAUUUGGACAUAAAGGUUGACAGCCAUUCCCUAGACAUAGAACCAGCUGAUGAAGGUGACCCAUGCAAGUUUCUUGCCUGCAACGAGUUUUCCAAAUGCGUGGUGAACCUCUGGACAAAGGAAGCACAAUGUUUAUGUGAGCCAGGCUACGUGACCGUGGAUGGACUGCCAUGUCGGAGCCUCUGUGUGGUCCAGCCUGACUUCUGUCUCAAUGGAGGAGAGUGUGAGAUUGUACCUGGGCAUGGUGCCGCUUGCAGAUGUCCUGUAGGUAAAUUCUGGCAAUUUAUCGGGGAGAGAUGUGCAGAGCUGGUCUCCGUGACACUAGACCCCUUUCUUUCCCUAGUGUGCCUGGUGGGGGUGCUCACCUUUCUUUAUGCCAUCAUUUCUCUCUUGUUAUCUAUGUGCAGGAAAUGUGUACGGACCAGAAAGACACUAACUCUAGUAGACAGAGACCAGACCACCAUACCAGGCCUGACGAGUUAAUCACAGAAGAUUUACACAUUAUAAUCACUGUCACUGAGAGGUGGGACGUCACAUCGUGCGGUCUUCUGAUUGUGCUUAUCCAGCCAUUAAAAGACGCUUGAAAAGACUUCCCAUGAUCCCACAACUUCUGAAGGCUGUAGAAUGAGUGGCCAAACAUCCUGAACAGAUGGAGAGCCAAGCUGAAUGGUUAUGUAACAUGUCCUCCUCAUGAGAACAUUAAGAAAUGAGCUGGUUGAUUGUUGUCACGUGGCAGAAAGCAUUAUGGGUUUCCUCACAAUGAGGAAAUUAUUCUUCUGUUUGAUCAUAAUGAAUAGUUUCACACCGUUCAAAAAUUAUCAUAGUAUGGAACACAAUUUUGUUUUGGUGUAUAAUUAUUAAUAGUUUCACAUUCAUAGCGAAUAAUAAUAUAUAUAUUUUUGUCUUUUAGCAUGGUUGUCUUAUGAAAAGAAGAACUUUGUCAGAAAUAUUCUUUAAAUGCUAUAAAACAACAAAUUCAAAAAUAUGAACCACUUUUGUAAAAUUUACCCAAAGCACUGCAACAGUGCAAAAUGUCUUUAAGUAUAGUUUCAUAUUAAAUCUAGAGCUAUGUUAGUGAUGUCCCUGGGCAGCCCUGAGUAACGGUUAAUACUGUAGCAUCACUUAUUUGAAUUUAUUCUACAUUAAACAUAUUUCAAAAUGACAUUUAACAGUUGUUUGUACUACAUUAA